CGGGGGUCGGGCGAGAGAGAGCCUCAUGCUGAUUUGAUGGUUGAUUUGUUGAUUGGUCGUCGAGUGAUUGGUUAAUCCGUUUGACGAGCGGGUUGAUAGAUCACUCAAAUGGGAAGGAGGGGUAAAGCCACGUGGACAGAUCAGUAAAUAGAGUACAGCGAUGACACGUGGCAGUAGCAGAAGCAGCCGCCGCCGCCGCCUUCAGCGGAUCUAGAACGAGAGCGUCCUCGAACACUCGCAGACUUCGCAGGCGACGCCUGUUGUUGUCGUCAACAGGUGGGUGAGGAGUAGAGAGAGGGAGGGAGGAUAUGCGUGUUCGCGCUUGUGUCUCUUUGCCUGGCGAUACUUUCCCGCCAUUACCCCGUGGCUUCGACGGGCACUCCACUCCUGCUUCGGCAUUUUCGAGGUGUUUGUAGUCUCAAGUGGAGGUCUCGUUCCGCUAUAGAUUGAGGUGGUGUGCUGUCAUCGCUGGUCGUUCAGACCAACGGGCUGUAUGUAGACUGAGGCACCAAUCUUCAUUCAGAGAUCUGCGAUCGAGGAGGUGCUUAAACCACCAAUCUCGGGGAACAUUCAUCUCGUCCUCAUCGUCUGGAGUCUGCAAUCUCGGCGAGGAUUCAUUCCAUCCCAGAACGUUCCGCUGAAUAUCCAUCUCAUUCUCAUCAUUGCGAGUCGGCAAACUCGGGGAAACGUUCAUCUCAAUCCUCAUCGUUUUGGUAAUCAGAAAGCUCUAUCUGUCUGUCUGUCUCUCUCUGGAGAGUCUGUUGUGUUUCAUCACGCGCGUAGUAUGCAAGGGUCGUCAGCCCAAUCGCAAUACGCGGGAAACAACGGGAGUGGAAGAAAGGAGUCGGGAUCGGGAUCGGGAUCUCCUUCGCGCGGGAGAGUUUUCGACGGGGUGGCGACCUGCUGAGCGGUCGCGUGCGACUGGGCGACCUGCCGAGCGACUGAUCGACCAGUCUCGCGAUCUGAUGCACUGCCCGAUUAGGACGCAAGUCUUGUCCGUUUGUUAAUUGAUGGAUUUCCUGAUCGGGCAAGUGAGUGAUUCGACGACUGGCUAAGCUCUCUCUCCUCAGAGGGGGUCAGCAUCAGCGCGAUUGCUUGGCCGUUGGGACAAGGUAGGUGGCAACAGAGGGGGUAUACUCAUCGAGAGAUCUUGCACCUGAUUAACGAGCUUGAAAGGGGGGAAGGAGGGGAGGGAGGAUGAUUGUCUGCGCCAAGGGACGUGCCCUCCUGGCCAAAGCACGUGCGGCGGCGCGUGUCGCGAAGGUUGCGGCGGCUAACCUUAAAGGGACGGAUGGGAUCCCGACUUCAUCGAAAGCGGCAUGUAUCAGCUGCCAGCAUGUGCUGGGAAGAGAUCAUGUUGCCGUCGUCAUUGGUGGGAGAUUGAUUCACUGUGGGCGAGGUGAUGUUGACAGAAGAAAACAAGAAGAGACGGGCUGUGAAAGCCAUGGCCGAUUUCUGCUGGGUCAAGCCGUCCCAUGGAGAAACUACAGAGGGAGCGAACGGCUUAGGUGUGCGCUUGAGAUGCAUGGUGGUUUUGUUAGUGCAAGGCGUGAGUUUCAUGGGAGCGCUGUGACGGAAUUUCCAAAAGCGGAUUAUUAUGAAACUCUAGGUGUGAGCAAAAAUGCGUCUGCACAAGAGAUUAAGAAGGCGUAUUAUGCGGUUGGCCAUGAUUCAUAUUCGGACCACGCUGCAGCUGGAGGAGGAGGAGGACCUGGGUUCAGCGCAGGUGGAUGGCCUCCGGGGAGUGGCUUAGAAGAGAUGUUCCAGGCGGUCUUUGGUGGCGGGGGGCAGAGAAUGGUACAGCAGGUUGAGGUGACUCUCGAAUUGUCGUUUAUGGAGGCAGUCCAAGGAAGCACGAAGAGGAUAAACUUUAUGACGACAGAUCGGUGCUCCGACUGCAGAGGCUCUGGUAUUCCCCCUGGUGUCAAGCCACAGACUUGCCGAACAUGUCGUGGAACAGGACGGGUUAGCAUGACCAGAGGAUUUUUCAUGAUGGAGUCUACCUGUAUGAGCUGCGAAGGUAGAGGGCAGUUCGUCAAGGAGCAAUGUCGCCCAUGCCGAGGCAAAGGGACUGUUCCAGUCAAUCGCACUAUUGAUGUCGACAUACCAGCAGGUGUGGACUCAGGAAUGGACAUGCAGCUAGAUGGUGAGGGUCACAUAUUACCGAAUGGUCGGCGAGGAGAUGUAGUUGUGAGGUUAUUGGUCAAGAAGGACCCAGUUUUUCAAAGGGAGGGUUCCAACAUUCAUGUGUACGUGACGUUGCCAUUUUAUCAGGCGAUUUUGGGCGGAAACAUUAGCGUACCAACCCUCACAGGCGACGUCUUGCUCAAGGUGAAGCCAGGAACACAGCCAGGUGAAAAGAAUGUAAUGAGAGGGAAAGGUAUCAAAUCCUUCAACUCCAACAGAUACGGAGAUCAGUAUGUACAUUUCAGAGUACAGAUACCAACGACUCUAACACCUCGGCAGAGGAUCUUAAUUGAGGAGUUUUCAAGAGAGGACGAGUCAGCCGAAAGCUCAGCAUAUGAGGGAAGUGGGUAGAUCAGGGCCCAUCUUUGAGAAGUGUUACUUGGAAUGACCGUGCGUUUGAGGGCAUUAGUGGGAUGCUCUGCUCGUGGAGGAGUGUCUGUGAGGACGCCGAAUGUUUCCUGUCCUGUGAUUCCUGGAAAAUGCAAUGCAACUUUCGUGUGAAAAGUAGGUAUUGUUGUGGUGGGUGGGUGGGUGAGACGGGCUCUUCCGUAUAUGCCAGUUGUCUCUUAAGUAACUGAGAAGCACAACAAUAAUGUACUCCUAAGCUAUAACUGAGACACGAUUUAAUGGCCAGAAGGCGACAAAGGGAGCCACCUUAGGUGUCGAAGGGAGAGCCACCUUAGUUAACAGCACAACCGCGAAGUAACUCAGUGAGAAAGUCAGCAGUUACUCUCUUGAUUUACCUCAGUAAAUCAACUAGGGCUAACUGAUGGGAUCGCCCGCCUGUAUUGUUUGCAAGGAAAGGUAACUGAGGAAAUUUCCCUUCUAUGCGGAAACUCCGCCGGAUUCGCUUUCAUUGCAUUCAGCGCUGUUCGUUCACAUUGCAAACUAGGCAAGCUAAUAGGAAGACAUGUCCGUCAGUGAAUUGUGCAUCAGAUCUGGACUGGGUUCAAGCUUUUACUGCGGACUGCGGAGGGGAAAUCCCGAUUUACAUCAGCUAACUAGCUGCAAGGAAACGCACUUCGGAAAAGUAACCCAGGAAUUUUCCCUUUUUUUCGCGCAGUAACUCUAGAUCCGCUCUUAAGUUAACGGGAAGCUUACUGCAAUGAAAAUGAACUGUACAGUGGCUCUGUAUUCACUUGUUAACUGCGGACAGUAAAUCCAUAUUUUUUUACCUCAGUUUAGUCGGCGAGAAUGCAGUGAAGCGCCGCAGAUAGCUGCGAGUCACCUGUCGGAGUGAUUCGGUGGACAGCAAAGGGAGUUUGCAAGUACGUCUAGUUGCAUGACUGCAAGAUAACUCAUGUGAGAGCAUCAGUCGAUGACAACUCGCACUUCAACGAGCUCAGUAUGGAUAUUGCUUACUGAGCUUGGUAACUAAGGGGAAGUUACUGUGGCAGUUGACGGCAAGCCUCAGCUCCCUCCUGAGCUUGGUAACUAAGGGGAAGUUACUGCGUGAAGCAGUAACCGAGUUAACGGUCCAUGGUAACUCUGUCAUCGGGGAGUGCCUCAGUUUACUGUUAGAUAACUCACCAGAAGCCUCAGCUCUCUCCUGAGUUAAGUAAGCAGAACUCACUGCGUGAUAGCUGAGCAGUAACUGAGUUAACUGAGUUAACGGUCCAUGGUAACUCUGUCAUCGGGGAGUGCCUCAGUUUACUGUUAGAUAACUCACCAGAACCCUCAGCUCUCUCCUGAGUUAAGUAAGAAGAAGUCACUGCGUGAUAGCUGAGCAGUAACUGAGUUAACUGAGUUAAUGGUCCAUGGUAACUCUGUCAUCAGGGAGUGCCUCAGUUUACUGUUAGAUAACUCACUGAGUUCAAUUCACUGCAAGGUAAAUGCGUCAUCGGAGGUAAUUUACAGCCGUGGCACGGCGAGGAGUAGCCCAGGAGGGUUGUCCUUUCCACCGUUGCAAUCACGGCAUGAGGUGGAAGUGGGGGGAUCGGGAAUAGGUGGGUAGUCCCCUUUCCACCGUUGCAAUCACGGCAUGAUGCUCAAUUCAUAGGCACAGACCAGUUUCCAGAGGUAAGGGGACUAGGGCACGGACUGCGUAUGAUUCUUUGUGGGAAAAAUAGAUCAUGGUUCAGACCGUUCAACAUGUUCGAGUUUGGUGUUUCUCGUCUUCUUGCUUUUAUGAUGACAUAACCGGUUAGGGUGCUAGGGGAUGGUGGCACUUGUCGUUGGGUAGGAGAUUUAGAAAGUCGGACAACGAAAAGUUGGGCAGUUGUUGAGGAAAGUAAAGUGAAUAGAUCAUCUCUCUUGCUCGACUUUGAUAGUUUGUGACUUGUUCUACUUCGACUCUUUGUGAAGUUCUGAAUGAAGGAAGCCUCUGCCUUAAGACGAAAGGCAACCCAUAUGGCUGGCUGGCUGGCUGGCUGGCUGGCUCUUUAGGGUGUCAUGUCUCACAUGGUGAGAUGAUGCUCUGUGCUGUUCUCGAUCGCUAGUGGGCAAUUCCGUACUGCAUGCAUUUGGCGGAGGAUGAGCAGAACAGAGGGGGAGUGAUGACAGAAAUGAGUUGAGUGUGAUUCUUCCAAGCUCUUGAAUGUUCGAAAAGGAUGUUCAGCUGUGCGUGAGAGCCCGCGUGCCUGCAAGGGUUGCCCAUCUGCGGCAGAUGCUGUUCCUUACCCUCUGUCUUGUGACCGCUAACAUGGAGCGACGAGCGACGGCAAGUUUCUGUGCAAUGUGUUUGCAAGUUUUUGAUUGGGUAUCUUCCUUUUGUUCAAAUUUGUUGAUGUUCAGAAUUACUUAAAUUGUUUGUUGAAGAUGCUAUUCUCUUGUUCGUUGAAGAUGGGAUUCUCAUUGUUUAAUGAUGACAAUUUAGUAGUACAUGGGAAAUUUGGGCCCUAAAGUGCAGGGCCUUUGUAUUCGACUGGCCGCUGACGAAAAAAGAGAAGAUGGCCCUUGGAUGGCCAUGUUUGACAAUGAAUUUUUAGCUGUUUU